GAGGAGGCGAAGAAGAGUUUGGAGUUUCCGCGGCAGUGUUUGGGUUUGAAACGAUAUUAGCGUUAGAAAUAAGCCUGAAUUGCAAUGGCUCUUAAGAUGGACAAGAAACCAAACACAAUACAGCAAACUGCUGCAAAAAUAAAGACAAAAAUUCACAACACAUCCUCAUUCUUCAAGCUUUCUUUGAAAACCAACAACAAAGCCCUUGUUUUGGCUCUGGUAGCUCAGAAGCAGAAAUCCAAGCAGCUUGAGAUGGAAAUGGUGCGUUUACAGAAAUAUCUGCAGAGCCUGAACUUUGAGCUUGCCAUUCAGCGUCACAAAAAUAAACAAAUGUUUACAGUUCUGCGUGAGUUCUAUAAUACCUCCAUCAAUUGCAUGGCUAAGGCUGUGGACCUUAUUUCCAAAGAAGAGGGUGCUGAGAGCUUGGAUAUGGAGCUCACUGAAGAUUCUUCUCAGACUGAGAAAGCUGUAACUGCACCGUUACCUGAGACAAAAAAAAGAACCAGUGUAUACAAAUGUGGGCAAAAGAGGAAUGUCCAGGACACUGGUGGAAAUGUGCCAAUGGCAAAUGAUGGUCAACCUCACAGGUCUUCACCUAAAAGCAAGGAUAAGUCUCCCAGUCCAGAUGUGCACCAUAUAGCACCUCAAAAUCCUCUGUAUGACUCAGAGAUGGAGAUCACUGUAGUUGACAAUGUUGCUGAAAUCAUCACCGUUCAGACCAAACCGAAGAAAAACUUUAAGCAUGAUCAGAGAGGAACUAGAGAAAGUGGUGAAUCUAGUUCAGCAAGGGUUACAGAGAGCAUUGUGCUGAAUUCUGAAGAAGCAGCAGUGGAUUUGUCUCAUCUAAAGGAUCCAACUGCAAAUGCAUCUACACGAAUGUCUUGUGAAACACAACUCCCAACAAGUACAUACACUUUCACUGGAAGCAAUGAAGAGGAGAGUUUGCCUCAGAGAGAGCCUGUGCAUGAGGAAGAGGAAUCAGUCACAGCACGCAGAAAGACUCACAUCACCUCUCGUUACACAAAAAGCAACAAACGAUUAAAUUCUCAAAAACUCAUUGCAGGAUAUACCAAUACAAGGCAAACUUAUGUCAUCUCUCCGCACGAGUCCAGCUUUAUUUCCACCAGUAAUGAUUUAGAUGAUUAUUUUAGUGAACAAAAUCAUAGAAUGAGCAAGAACAAUUUAUCUGACUCUAAAGUAUCCGAAGACAAAGGCACUGAAAGUGAAGCUGAAGUGUUGAAACCUCUGAACAAUAGUGCAAACAGCAGGAAAACAUACAUAGUCCCAUAUAAGCCAAGACUACAGAACAGGAAGACUAAAGUUUCAUCUUUCAGUACGGAUCAAAGUGUAAAGGAGAUUGCUGAAUUCACUGAUGCUCACACUGAUGUCCUGGAAAACCAGAUCCACUCAGAAAAACCUCAAAGCAAGCAAUCAGCUCAGUCAUUCUCUCAGACAGAAGAAUGCAUUACACCAAGAAACAGAGGAACAUUUGUGAUUCAUACAGCUCAGAUGAACGUCACAUCUGGGGAAACCACAAAUGCAAAGACUUUGGAAAGCACACGUGAUGCACAGUGUACCUCAGGGGUGACUGAGAGGCAGCAAGCAGAGCAAGAAGUGUCUCACAAAGAGGAAAACGGAAGCUUUUUACAUUCGCAAACUAUCUGUGAUGAAAAUAUUUUAGAAAAUUCCUCUGAUCAUUCUCAAAUGGCACACAGUAAAGCCAAAAAGCCCAAGAAAACUGUGAUGAAAGAAAGCAAAAAUGUUGCAACAAGAGAAAAUGCAUUAGGAAAGAGAAAACGGCCCAAAUAUAGCUCUACUCAGAUUGCUGAUAUUUUGCCAAAAGAAAUUCCAGUUCCAGGUGACAAUACAAAAAGAAACAGCACUACUUCUAAGGUAUUGCAGGAGGUGACAGAUGGAUUCAAUUCUUCUGCUCUCGAGGAAGCCUUCAUGGAUGAGCCUGUAAUUGAGACUGGGGACACAAAUGGCACACAUGUGAGACACUUUGACCAUAAUGACGACAUUGACAUAAGUUUGAAAGAUGUCAGUCCAAAGCAGCACAACAUCCAAAACCACAAGAGCAAGUGCAGAGAAACUUACGUUGUUUUAUCUGAUUGCUAUUCACAGUUAAAGGGAAAGGAGAAUGUUCUCGUUUUCAGCAGCAAUGAAGAGAAUGUACCUGCAAAUAGAGAAAGUGAGAAUUGUUUUGUUACAGAUAGAAGAUUUGUUCUUUGUCAUAAGAAUGACAGCCAGUCAACCCCGAAAAAAGCAGAGCAGUUUAGACAGGAACACAGUGGAUUAUUCUUUGAGGAUAGGCCUCCAUGGGAAUCCCUUGAUUUUGCCUCCACUGGGAGUAUUAUUUCUGACAGCCCUGUCAAAAUCCAGAAGGAUUCACAAGAGCUUUCAUCACGAUCUAUGGACAUUUAUGAGGAGCCUGGGUGGAACAUGACACAACAAUCUCCAGAUGGGAGGGCAAUGAAGAGCUUAACAAACACAGACUUCACAGCCAAUCCAUUGGGUCGAUCCCGCAGGAAGGCAGCUCCUGUGUCAUACAAGGAGCCACCUAUCAACUGCAAAAUGAGACGUGGAGACAAGUUCUCAGAUACCAGAUUCUUACGUUCUCCAGUGUUUAAAAACAAAAAGAAGAAAAAGGUUCUGUAUGUGUUAAGGAGCAUUUGUCCAGAUUGUUUUGUUGAUUAUGUGAAACAUGGAAACCAGACAAUUGAAGCGAAACAUUGAAGCCCUACUUGGUCGUUAUAUUGGACAAAAGCUCAGGGAAAAUGGAUUUGACCCCAAGGGAAAGGGCUUUU